CGGCGCACGCGGCGCGCGGGCCCGCGGGGUGCGGGCGGCGGGCGCGCGCCGGCGGCCCGGGGAGGUGGCGCGGCCCCGCGCCAUGCGGGACCAGCUGGAGCGGAGCCUCGGCGAGUGGCGGGAGCUGGAGGAGGAGUUCCGGCAGCUCCAGGAAACACACAAAGUUUACAGGCAGAAACUGGAAGAGGUCACCAGCUUGCAGACAGCCUGCAGCAGCUCCAUACACCGGCAGAAGAAGACGCUGAGGGAUCUGAAGCACAGCCUGCAACGGUGCAAGCCCAGAGCGAGUCCUGAGGAGUUUGCUCUCAUUCAGGAGAUCAGCAGCCAGAUCAAGGAGAGGCAGAAUGUCUUCUUUGACAUGGAAGCCUACCUGCCCAAGAGGAACGGCUUGUACUUAAAUCUGGUGCUUGGAAAUGUGAAUGUCACUCUCCUGAGCAACCAAGCAAAGUUCGCCUACAAGGACGAGUAUGAGAAGUUCAAACUUUAUCUGACAAUAAUCUUGUUACUCGGGGCUGUUGCCUGCAGGUUUUUUCUCCACUACAGGGUGACAGAUGAAGUGUUUAACUUUCUGUUGGUGUGGUAUUACUGCACGCUGACAAUACGAGAAAGCAUUCUCAUUAGCAAUGGCUCGAGGAUCAAAGGCUGGUGGGUGUCUCAUCACUACGUUUCCACGUUCCUGUCUGGAGUGAUGUUAACGUGGCCAGAUGGACUCAUGUAUCAGAUGUUUCGCAGUCAAUUUUUAGCAUUUUCAAUAUUUCAGAGCUGUGUUCAGUUCUUACAGUAUUACUACCAAAGGGGGUGCCUCUAUAGGCUCCGGGCUUUGGGGGAGAGAAACCACUUGGACCUUACAGUAGAAGGAUUUCAGUCCUGGAUGUGGCGGGGGCUGACAUUUCUCCUUCCCUUCUUGUUCUUCGGGCAUUUCUGGCAGCUAUACAAUGCAAUCACGCUUUUCAGAUUGUCAAGGCACAAGGAAUGCAAAGAAUGGCAGGUUUUGGUGUUGGCUUUCACAUUCCUGCUGCUCUUCCUCGGGAACUUCCUCACUACUCUCAAGGUGGUGCACACUAAACUCCAGAAGAACAGAGACAAGGUGAAGAAGCUGUGACUCCCCCUGUUGCCAGUGUGCAUCCAUCCUCUUCCCCCAGCAGGGCUGGGUUUGGACAGAGCCUGCUCAGCCCCAGCCAGGCGGUGGAUGGGCUCGGAAGGAUGUCCCCGUGUUUGGUGAAGGACUCUGCCAGCACAGACUCAGUAUUAAUGCAAGCAUGGCUCUCCAGUCACACUCCUGCUAUUUAUGUAUAUUUAAUAUAAGAUGUAUUUGCU